CUUUUUUCGACGAUAUCAUCUUUACGGCAGCACCGUUUUACCGCAGCUAUCAUUUUCGGCAGGAGUUUUUUUUUGGGGGGGGGGCACAAAAGUUGCACAUAUUUCGAGCAUUGAGUGCAGAGAAACAGUCACAUUCAACUUCAGCAACGGUUCUUUUGUGCACCUCGAGCUGCCGCUUUUCAGUACCUUUACCUAUACCAUGUCACGCCGACCGUUGGAUGAGGAAUACAUCAACAUUGACGAUAGCUACGAUGGCCAGCAUGAUGAGGAGACGGGCAAAGGAGGCUAUUCUUGGGAAGAAGAAUACAAACGCAGUUGGGAUGUCCUGCAGGAAGACGCUGAAGGUCGAUUAAGUAGUGUAGUUGCUCAAUUACAACAACAGCGUAAAAGACGAAGAUUGCUGAAGGAUACGGCUAUUAUUCAGCGUGGCAUUAUUCGACACUUGUUUCUCGUUAUUGAUCUUUCUGAUGCCAUGAAUGAAAAAGAUCUACGACCGAGUCGACUUGAACUGACAUUGACGUAUGCGCAGCAGUUUGUCAUUGAAUUUUUUGAUCAGAACCCCAUUUCCCAGCUGGGGAUCAUCGUGACACGAGAUGGCAUUGCGGAAAAACUGACAGAAUUGAGUGGCAAUCCAAGCGAUCAUAUUCGCGCUUUGAAAGCGAAAAAGAACAACGAAACAAGUGGUGAACCGUCUCUACAGAACGCAUUACAACUCGCUAGAUCAAGCAUGGUGGGUGUACCAAGUCACGGAUCAAAGGAGAUCCUUCUGAUCUUUGGCGCUCUUACAACCUGCGACCCAACCGAUAUCUACGAUACCAUCGAUCUGUUGCAAAAAGAAAUGAUUCGAGUCAAUAUUGUUGGUCUUGCAGCCGAAGUCCAAAUUUGCCGUGUGCUGAGCCAGAAAACAAAAGGAUCAUACGGUGUCAUUCUGAACGAAGCUCAUUAUAAAGAUUUAUUAUUUGAAUGCGUUCCUCCACCGGCCGUGACUCCUAAUAAGAACUCUUCGAAUUUGGUAAUGAUGGGAUUCCCGAGAAAACAAACGGAAGACCACGCGACAUUCUGUGUAUGUCAUUCGAAACUCACGACGGGUGGCUAUAUUUGUCCGCGGUGUCGCUCCAAAGUGUGCGAAUUGCCCAGUGAUUGUGAUGUUUGUGGUUUGACGCUGGUUUCGUCGCCGCAUUUGGCUCGUUCAUACCACCAUUUGUUCCCUGUGGAUAAUUUUGACGAAAUCAGAGGUGGCAGCGGACAUGCAUCGCACUGUUUUUCUUGUUUGACACCUUUUGAGAUAACCGAUGUGGCAAGUGGACAACAGCAGACACAACAGUUCUCAUGUCCAAAGUGCAAGCACGAGUUCUGCAUGGACUGUGACAUUUUCAUUCACGAAGUGCUUCACAACUGUCCUGGAUGCUGGGGUAGCGAUCCCAGCGAAAAAGUCAAAGCCAUUGAACAAAGCACAGGAGCCGUUUCUGUUUCUUCUUAGGGUCGAAGUCAUGCAUUGGCACACUGGAGUCUCACACAAUAAGGUCCACGCACGAUCUUGUUAGGAUUGACCGACAUCAAAACAAGAAUGUACAGGCUUCUCUUGUUUUUCGCAACGUGACUUGACCAUAGCACUUUUUUCUUCUCAUUUUUUCCUCCUUUCUCCUCGACUUACCGUUUGAACAUCGUUCGACCCCCCGUUUCUCCGUUUUCUUUUCUGUACACACUUUGGUCCUCAGAGUCCGCCCCCCUUUUUUUUUUGAUAUCACUGAUUAUGCGUUAUAUCCGUUGAGACUACGACUAUAAAACCCAAUAGAUUGUCACUUCACUUGCAGCAUU